GGUCUGUUCCUUUUUUUUUUUUUUUUUUGAUCAACGGAAGAGGCUCGGUCUGUUCCUAACUUGUUCCUAUACGCUUUUCUCCAACGCCAUAGCCCAAAAAGCUCGCGUGAGCUCGAUGCGUGUUGAUUGCAUCUAAGCCUUCUCCUAGCAAAAUCGAAAUCCUAACAACACACCUCCUCUCUUUUAAACAUUUGAUCGGUGCGAUUUGGUGAUGUCAAUCCGAAUCCCAUCGGCUUCUUGGGACUUUCGAGGUUUCGUAUUAUGUUUCAUCUUCCUCCGAUCUUUCCCAGGAACGAUACGAGCACAAGAAGUUACACUAGACACGAUUCAGAUCUUCACGACGCACGAGUGGUUCUCCACCACGCCUAUAGUUUAUUUCCAAUGCAAAAGAGAGAACAAGACGGUGCUUCCUGAUGUGAAGAUAACCAAUGUCUCUUACUCUUUCAAAGGCCAAGAAUCUUGGCAGCCACUAACUGGACUUAACGGAACAAAGUGCAAGAGAUGUGGAAUCUAUGAGGACGACACCUUCAAAUAUGAUACGUUUGAUGAAUGGGAGCUUUGUCCUUCUGAUUUCACAGCUGAAGGUAGAUACACACACGUCAAGGACAAGGAGUUCAAUGCUACUUUUCUCUGCCAUGGAUGCUCUCAACUCGGAUCUGGUUUGAAGGAAGGAGAUGGUUCUGAUAAGGAAGAAGGAAGGCGCGGAAUGCAUCCUGCAAUCAUUGUACUGAUUGUAUUACUUGUGUUAGGUGUGGUUACGGUGGGUCUUGUGGUUGGUUACAAGUAUUGGCGAAAGAAGAAGCGGCAACAAGAACAGGCCCGGUUUCUCAAGCUGUUCGAAGAUGGUGACGAAAUUGAGGACGAGCUUGGCCUUGAAAAUACCCUGUGAAGCUAAAGCUCAGUGUGGUCUAGUAACUGAGUUACUGCAACUCAAUGUCACCUCUGUGUACAUACACAGCUCCUUGAUCCCACGUACAUUUUGUUUUGGUCUCAAGUAGAGUGGAGAAAAAGGAAAUCACAGUGAUUAACAUAUACAAAGUUACAAACACAUGCAAAGACAAACUCGAUGCUGUUUACUUUUCUUUUAUGUCGUAAAUGUUUGGCAA